ACGCCCCACAGACGUACCUUUGCAAUUUCAUCGUCCAGUUAUUCCCAAUUCCCCGUUCACUCCCCACGGCCCGAAAUUUCAUCUCGACGCCUUCGGCCGUCACCAUGACCGACGCCGCCGCCUCGUCUUCCCGCCGGAGGAUGGAGGCCGUCCGCCGCCAUCUCCUCCCUCGGCCGCCGCCCGUCCUUAGCCUGAAUCAGCUAAGCGCCCCGGAGGCAGGACAGAGCCCGGUGAUCAUCGGCGGAAUGGUGCUGGACAUCCACGCGAAGCCAUCCGUGCCGCCACAUCCUGGCACCACCGUUCCUGGGAUGGUUAAGUACAUCGGUGGGGGAGUAUCUAGAAAUAUUGCUGAGUGCAUGGCUAAGCUUGGGACUCAACCACUCAUGAUUAGUGCCAUUGGAGAUGAUAUGGCAGGGAAUUUUCUAUUGAAGUACUGGAAGUUAGCUGGACUAUGUACAGAUGGAAUACUGCAGGUUCCUGAUAUUACAACCCCAGUAGUAUCAAAUGUAUUUGAUGGGAAUGGAGAAUUAUUUGCUGGUGUCGCGAGUGUGCAAGCAGUUGAAACUUUUCUUACCCCUAGCUGGAUAUAUCAGUUCUACCGCCGCAUCUCCACUGCACCUCUACUAAUGCUUGAUGCCAAUUUAUCUCCUGAGUCACUUCAAGCCGCUUGCAAAGUAGCAUAUGAAUCAGGGGUGCCUGUGUUAUUUGAGCCUGUCUCGGUGGUAAAAAGUUCAAGAAUCGCACCAAUUGCGGAACAUAUAACUUGCACUUCCCCGAAUGAGAUUGAGCUUAUUGCCAUGGCAAACGCACUGUCUACUCCAGGGAAAUACAACUUUGUCAAACUUGAGCAGUGCAACAACAAAGCAGAAUCUGUAGAUUAUUUGUUCGAAAUGCUCAGCCCAGCAAUGAUUUUUCUUCUCGAAAAGGGCAUCAAGCUUCUCCUGGUGACACUUGGCUCGAAUGGUGUUUUCAUAUGUUGCAGAGAGCACGUCAACUUCAUGAAGGAUCAGAAAAGGUGUAAAGUGACGCCUUUCUCAACUCAGCUACUUGAAAAAUUGGAGGGAUGUUCUCUAUCCAGCAUGCCUGUUAAUUUGUCUAGAGAAGGUUCUUCCAGAACUUGUGUUUUCCAUUUACCUGCAACAUCUGCCUCUGUGGUCAGCCUCACAGGCGCGGGUGAUUGUUUGGUUGGUGGGUUCCUUUCAUCUCUAUGUGGGGGAUUGGAUAUUAUGCAAAGUGUUGCAGUUGGGAUUGCUGUAGCAAAGGCGUCCGUUGAAUCUGAAGCUAACAUACCUGCCAAUUUUUCUGCUGCAAGCAUCGCAGGUCUGUCACAUGAAUCUUUAUCAGCUUCUCUGUUUUGUGGGAUUGGUUAUUGAUUUGUUGAUAUUUCGUUGCAUAAGUAACUACUCCCUCCGCCUUUUUAGAGAUUCUAAUACAGACUACAUACGGAGCAAAAUGAGUGAAUCUACACUCUAAAAUACGUCUAUAUACAUCCGUAUGUAGUCCGUAUUGAAAUAUUUAAAAAUGCUUAUAUUUAGAAACGGAGGGAGUAGGAUAUUUCUUGUGUCCCAAACCACCUGUAAUGUCAAAAGUGUAAACAUCCAUUUAGAGGUUGAAAUUCAACAGCCUUCUUCGAGGAUGUUUUAUGCUCUCUGUUUUAUCUUCUCUCCAUGUUAAGACUACGUAAUGGGCCUAAUGGGCCCAUUAGUCUUAGGGUUAAUUAGAGAUAAGGGUCGCUUACUUAGGGGUCAAGUAAGCCUUGCUUGGGAGUCAAGUAAACCUCUUUAUAUAAAGAGAGGAGAUGUAUCAAUCUAAUCAAGCAAGAA